CAAUACUUGGAAUAUGAUUUGUUGUUGCUUUUUGUAGAUAAAGAAAUUCACAUACAACAGGAAUUUACACAUAUAAAUGCAUGCUAAAAUACAUUUUAAACUCGGUGUAGAACGUUUUGUUUAUGUUUUGUUUUGUUCUGUUCAAGCUGUUUUCAUCUGACAAAAGCCAGGAUGUCCCAGUUUACAUCUGAUGACGAGGCUGAACUUCAGUCUCUCCUAAGACAAUUGUUGAAGAGUGUUAAAGAAAGAAUUGCAAGUGCACCCUCUGUGGAAUGUGCGGAGGAAAUCCUUCUACAUCUGGAGGAAACUGAUGACAAUUUCCACAACUAUGAGUUUGUCAGGUAUCUGCGACGUUAUAUAGAUAAUGCCCUUGGAUCUGUCAUAGAGGGUGAAACUGAGCUGUGUUCUAAUAUCGAGGGGCAGAUUGUGAGCUCAGGCCAAGACACACUUGUUCAGGCUGUGACAAGACAGACACGAGAAUCAAUUGAGUACAAAACGAUGAUACAGUCAUUAAAAAACACCAUGAUGAUUGUUGUUGAAUCUCUGAUAAACAAAUUUGAAGAAGAUUUAAUGAGAAAAGAAGAAAUGCACAGAAAAAGCCAGAGUGAACAUCACAGUAGUCAUUAUACUGACAACUGCUCAGACAGUGACUCUUCAUUUAAUCAGAGUUACACUUUUAUAAAGCAAGAACAACUUCAAAUAAUUACAGAAAAGCUAGAUCCUUCACAGAACAGAGAGGUACGAUGGGAGGCUCUUCAAACUCUCUGUUCUGCACCGUCCUCUGAUGUUCUUAAUUGUGAAAGCUGGGGAAGCCUCCGUAAAAAUCUUUCAGCAGCACUUGCUGACUCAGAUUCUGCAAUGAGUGAAAAGGUAUUAAGGUUCUAUGCAAAAACAUUUUCUUCGUCACCUCUAAAUAUCACCAAGGAAAUCUACACUAGUUUAGCAAAACAUUUGGAGUCGGAUUUUCUCAAUAAAAAAAUGUAUUUCAUUAAGGUCACUGCUGGUGUAGAUAUAUCCCAUCAAGAUAUAAUCAGAUUAUUGAAAAAAGUGCGAUUAUUAAAUGAAUUUCAGAAAGAGGUUUCAUCAUUUUGGAUUCGACAUCCAGAAAAGUAUAUGGAAGAAAUAAUAGAAAGCACUCUGUCACUGCUGUCAGUAACACAUGAGCAAAGCCUAAGGGCAAGAGGCUCAGAGAAGACAUUGGAGCUUGUCCACUUCCAGGCUUUACUAGACAUCAAAGCAACGUGGUUUAAGAAGUGGAUGCAUGUAUGCUAUAGCAGAACUGUGGUUUUGAGACUUCUUGAAAACAAGUACAAGUCACUGAUUGUAGCAGCCCUUCAGCAGUGUACUGAUUAUCUUGAGACUUGUAAAUCUAAAGCUGAUGACAAUUCAUUUGUUGGCAAUAUAACACAUGGUAAAAGCAACACAUCUGUAUAUACCGGAAAAGAACUAGAGUUUAUUAAUUUGGUUCAUUCGCUUUGUCUUCUUGGAAGACUUUUAAUGUACACUCAGGGAAGAAAACUUUUUCCAGUUAAACUGAAAAAUAGAAAAGAAUCAGUCUCUCUUACAGACCUAAUAGUGAUGCUCAUUCAGAUAAUGUAUGUGCAGCCAAAGUCUGCAUUUAGUGGUCUUUCACACACAGAUUUUCUUUCUCCAGUAUCACUUGUAAUGGAGGUGCUGAGAUCACUCUGUGAUCAAAAGGAGUGUGCUGUGGAGUGCUUACAUGCCACUACAGUUGUUGAGGCCCUAAUUUCUCCAAUUGCUUCUUUACUCUUCAGAAAACAGUUACCUUUAAAUUGCGUUGAUUCAACCCUGACGCACAUUGCUGAUAUACUGGCUCGGAUUGCUACUACUGACCGAGGACUUUUGCUUUUCCUUUAUGAUGAAAAUGUUAUUUCAGCUGAUGGAAAGAGCAUGUCUGCUGCCCAUGUGAUUGUUCAGUUCACCCAAAAGCUACUUAUUGAAGAUGUCCCAGCCCUGUCAGAAUGUGAGACUUUAUCUGCUAUUAAAGGAGCCUUCAUUUUUGUAUGUCGUCAAAUGUACAAUACCUGUGAAGGGCUGGAAGUUUUGAAGCCCUAUGGCCUGCAUAACUGUAUUGCUGAGGCUUGGAAAAAAGAAAGCUUUUUAUCAGAGAGGGUCCCAACUCCAUUGCCUGGAACUGUUGGUUAUACUACAACUCAGGACCUGCAAAACAAUAUGAUUUGGGAAGAGACAUUGCUGGAUAAUUUGUUGAACUUUGCUGCCACUCCAAAGGGACUUCUACUCCUUCAACAAACUGGUGCUAUCAAUGAGUGUGUUAGCUAUAUGUUUAGCAGAUUUACUAAAAAACUUCAGGUGAGUAGAUGUGAAAAGUUUGGAUAUGGUGUAAUGGUAACACAAGUGGCUGCAAUUGCACCUGGUGUUGUGGCACUCCAGAGUUCAGGUUUUGUUAAAGCCAUAGUGUUGGAAUUAUGGUCUGUUCUUGAAUGUGGAAGAGAUGAUGUAAGGAUUGCCUAUCCUAAAUCAACUCCUAUGGACCCAAUAGACAGAAGCUGCCAAAAGUCUUUCCUUGCUCUAGUGAAUCUUUUAUCAUCAUAUCAUGCUGUGUAUGAGCUAAUUGGUAAACAACCACUUCCUAACAAGCCAGAAUACCCACUGCGAGAGAUGCCUACUUCUAUUAUCGAUGUUAUUGACAGAUUAAUAGUAAUGAAUUCAGAAGCCAAAAUGCAUUCCCUGUUUAACUUUGAACAGUCUCAUACACUUGGACUCAGAUUACUAAAUAUCCUGUGCUGUAAUUUGGACACAUUGCUUCUUCUGGAGUCACUAUACAGUAUUUCAGAAAUAAUGUUAAAUGCUCAAAAGGAGAACGUUGCAGAAUCGUCUGAAAAAGAAGGGUUAUUUAUAAUUGAUGGUCUUUCUGUGGAGAGAAACCAUAUUCUUGUGAGGAUGAAUGUAGUUGGAGGUUCCUCUGAACGAUUUCUACCUCCCAGGACUUUACGAGAGGGUAGUGACCCAUACCCCUGGCCAAUGUUUUCGUCAUACCCCGUGCCAAAAUGUUACAUUAAGGAGAUGCCAAAAAAAACUCUUAAACAAGACAAUGACGUCAGUAAAUUUUUGUUAUCAUCAAGGACUUCAGAAAAGCAUUCAAACUGGCUUGAUAACUGCAGGAGAGUGUUUUUCAAAACCAUGACAACUAAACCUGAAUUACUUAAAAUCAAUGUUUUGGCUGACUUACUUGAAAGAUUUGUUAUGAAUCUCUCUUCAAAUGCAUCUGAGUGCUUUUUUACCUCUACCGACUAUAAAGGCUCUGAUUCAAGUGUGAGGAAUCAAACCUUUACUGCUGUGGAACUUCUUGGGAUCAAAAUGUCAAUUAGAUAUGGAAAGAAUUUGAAUCUGAUAAAAGAGGACUCAGAACAAGAUCUAUGUCUGCUGAUGAAGCAUAGUCAGAAAUUUUUAUUGCAACAGAAAGCUAAACUGUGUUCACCACUUUGUUAUCUGCAGGAAAGUUACCCUGGCUAUGACUGGUUUGUAUCUUCAGUUUUUCUUAUAAUGGCUGGAGACAAAGUAAGAGCACUGAAAUUUCUGCUGCGAUUUUCAGAACUUCUUGUUUCUGCAUUUCUUUGGCUGCCAAGACUUCAUGCUUCUAGUCAUCUUCCUUUAGAAACAGCAGAGUCUGGAAUUCACCCAGUGUAUUUUUGCACUGCACACUAUGUUGAAAUGUUGCUGAUGAAAGAAGUGCCUCUCGUCUUUUCUGCAUUUCGAAUGUCAGGCUUCACUCCCUCUCAGAUUUGUCUCCAGUGGCUGAGUCAGUGCUUCUGGAACUACUUGGACUGGCCGGAGAUUUGCCACUACAUCGCUGCUUGUGUUGUCUUAGGCCCGGACUACCAAGUUUAUUUCUGCAUUGCACUGCUUAAGCACCUACAACAAGAAAUCCUUCAGCAUACUCAAGCCCAGGAUCUGCAAGUUUUUUUAAAAGAAGAAGCAAUCCACAAUUUCCAAAUGAGUGAUUAUCUGGAAUAUAUGAGCUACCUGGAGCAGAAGUACAGGCCAGUGGUAAUGAAAGAUAUGAGAAAUAUUAAACAGCAAAAUACAUAACAUGAAAUAUGGGUUUCAUUUUAAAGACUUUUUUUGGUAGCCUUUCAUAAAUAUAUAAUUGAAAGUAAUUUAUGAAACAAUUUAUUUAUACAAAUGGCCUUUUGUAUAAAAUAUUUUUUAAAUGCUUCAACUACAGAAGACACAAUGCAUUUCAUGUAACAUUUUAGCAAAAUGACAGUAUUGGAUUUUUUUUAAGAACUUUAUAAAAACAAUUUGUUGACAAGUGCAGAAUGCACUGUGACUGUUGAAGAGCAAUCAUUCAUGGUAAAUAAUUCAGUUUGUAAUUUAAAAUGAUGUGUUUGUACUUUUAACCACUAAGUGGUUUGAUUACAUUUUGAUGUAUAUUGUGGAUUAUGAAAAUAAACAUUCAUGUAAAGCGCCAA